CUUCCGCGCCGGACUUUCGAACAGCGUCGACGGACAUGUUCUCGCGGAAACCCAGGUAGGCGCUUGACACGCCGACUCGACAAGCGAGCGCUGAGAAACCGUAGCGUCGCAAGUGGACAUUCCAGGAAGCAGAGACUUUGCCUAUUGCGGCGGUGGCUGCGCAAGGCCCAACUGGACACGCACGUGAAUCACCGAAACAUGGUGAUCCCGCCCGAAGGAGCUGCGGUAUCGCUGGAAGCAUUACCACAAAACGCGGUGCUCUGCACAUGUCUCGACUCAUGGAUGUAGCUCUCCAUGCCCAUGGGACCGCGCCAGCACCCCUGCCACUGGGCGCGUCGUCACGACGCCCAGGUGGGCGACGAGGAACUUCCCAGAGUGCUGGUAGGAGCCCGGGAAAAGCCUGGACAUGCGAGGGCGCACCGUGGCCACCCCGCCGCACCCCACGUGCUCCAAGCGAGCCGCCACCCAGCGGGCUUUGGGCGCGCGCACGCGCACGAAGCAGACCCCAUCCUUCGCCAGCGUCUGCAACGGCAAGGCCUGGCCCGAGAAACCCAGCCCGUGCGCCGCGCCCGGGCUUGGGCACGCAAGUGGAGCAGGGAAGAUGACAACGGCCACGUCGAGCCAGCCCCAGGCGAACGCUAGCACCACCGGCACGCGCAGGACCUGCAAAGAUGUGGGCGGCCAGCGUCUUGUCGGCACUGCAAACUACCAGGCCACCGAAACGCCCCAAGGGCCCGCCAGCAGUCGUCGCAGGGGGCACCCUCGAUGAACCAGGGCGUCGAUCGUCUCCGCGUCGUGCUUGGGCGACAAACCCGCCGGCCACCACCCUCGGGGCCUGCUCGACC